AUGUGCCAACACCAUCAUAACCGUCCUAAGAGGGAUCCAUGCUCGGCUGCCAACAUCAAUGAGAUCACUGUCGAGCACACUGCAAUCAAAUGGACCGUCUCAUUCCAGCUGAAAAUGAUAAUCGGACAGGCGACACUCCGCUGCAGAUGCUUAACUGACGCCACAAAGCUGGUUCUGGACGUUCGUGAUCUCUCGAUCCGCUCCGUUUCGAUCAAUGGAAUCGACUGUGACUUCAGAAUUGCUCCGAAUGUUUACACUUUCUUCGGAUCCAAGAUGAGUGUGUAUUUGCCACCUCAAUUCCAGAAGAUGGGAACUAUUUUGCAAGUAACCGUAUCUUAUGGAACAUCUCCUGAUGCUACUGCUUUGCAAUGGAUGAAGAAGGAGCAAACCGCUGAUAAGAGAAUGCCAUAUCUCUUCUCUCAAUGUCAGGCUAUUCAUGCUCGCUCUAUUGUUCCAUGUAUGGAUACCCCAUCUGUUAAGAGUACUUAUGAAGCUGAGGUUACUGUACCAACUGGAAUGACAUGCUUGAUGUCUGCCAUCGGACAAGGAUCCAAAGGAGACGAUGAGACCACAACUUUCUUCUACAAGCAACCAGUUGCUAUUCCAAGUUAUCUUAUUGCCAUCGUAGUUGGAUGCUUGGAGAAAAGAGAUAUCAGUGAUAGAUGUGCAGUAUGGGCGGAGCCAUCGGUAGUCGACAAGGCUCAUUGGGAGUUUGCUGAGACCGAGGAUAUCUUGGCGUCUGCUGAAGAGAUCGCUGGAAAAUAUAUCUGGGGAAGAUACGAUAUGGUUUGUCUUCCUCCUUCCUUCCCGUUCGGAGGAAUGGAAAAUCCUUGUCUGACUUUCCUGACACCCACGCUUAUUGCUGGAGAUCGCUCACUCGUCAGUGUGAUUGCUCACGAAAUUGCGCAUAGUUGGUCAGGAAAUCUUGUGACUAAUUCAAGUUGGGAGCAUUUCUGGUUGAAUGAGGGAUUCACCAUGUUCAUUGAGAGAAAGAUUUGCGGUCGGUUGGUCUCGGAGGAUUAUCGUCAGUUCAUGGCAUUCAAUGGAUGGACAAAUUCUCUGAUUCCGGCGGUCUACGAACAAUUCACUCCCACUCACCAGUUCACGAAGCUGAUUCAAGACCACACAAAUGUCGACCCCGAUGUUGCGUUCUCUUGUGUUCCAUAUGAAAAGGGAUCUGCGUUGCUCUUCUAUUUGGAACAGAAACUUGGAGGAAGUGAAGUGUUCGAGGCUUACCUUAAGGAUUACUUGAAGACGUUCGCCCAUCAAGCCAUCGAUAGUUGGCAAUGGAAGGAUCACUUGUACAAAUACUUCGCAGAUCAGAAGGAAGUCUUGGAUUCAGUCAACUUUGACCUGUGGUUCAACGGAGUUGGAAUGCCACCAGAGAAGCCAAAUUAUGGGCAAUCGAUGGUUGAAGCUUGUGAAGUUCUUCUGAAGAAGUGGUUGGCUGCUGAUGAGAGUACCGUCGGGAAUAUCACUGGAGAUGACUACUUUGCAAUGCAACCACUUCAACAAAUUGAGUUGUUGUCCCAACUCUGGCAACACAAUCCACCAAUUGAGCACUACAAGUUGGAUGCGUUGAACAAGUUGUACAAAUUGAAUGACUCGCAGAACUCCGAGUUGUUGUUGAACUGGCUCCGUCUGUGCAUCAAAUCCAAAUGGGAGGCUUGCAUUCCGAAGGCUCUGGACUUUGUCAACUCUCAAGGACGUCUCAAGUUCUGUAGACCUAUUUACAGAGACCUCGCCCAAUGGCCAGUUGCCAACAAGAAAGCCCGUGACGUCUACUUGAAGGGACGUAGUCAAAUGCAUCCAAUCACUGCUGAGAUGAUUGCAAAGGACCUUCAUAUCAGACAUUCCACUCAUACUGUUUGCUUCUAA